AUGGCCAACAUACUAGCUAUCAACCGACCGGGCUUCUCGUCCCCGAUCCUAUCAGAAGCUCUUAUCCAUAACGGCCUUGUGUAUACAAGUGGCAAGAUAGGCGUUGAUGCCAAGACUAGUGUUCUUGUGUCGGAUGAUGUUGCUGAACAAACGAAAGCCGUACUUGGACUACUAGAGUCUGUUCUCCACGAAGCAGGAAGUGGGCUUGAUAAAAUUCUCAAGUGCAACAUUUACCUGACAAACAUCAACGACUUUGCAGCUAUGAACGCCGUUUACAUUGCCACGAUUCCCAAUCCCAAGCCUGCUCGGGUCUGUGUGACAGUUUCAGAACUGGGCAAAGGCGCCAAGAUCGAGAUUGAUUGCAUAGCCAUUGUUGAGAAAGCUUUGUAA